ACUCCUGCUGGAACUGUUGAUCCGAGUUGGGUAAACGUUAGCUUGUGGCUGAGGGAGUCUGUCAAUCGCUUCUUAUCUUGUUCAACGAGUCGUGCCAAAUAGUAGCACAUGCUACAAAUUGAUGCCCUGGUAAGUUAAAUGUCAGUGAGUCCAGAUGCAUGAGUCUGGGUCAGAGCAGACAACCUGCACCAGUCCAGCCAAUCAGACAGAGAAUGGGGACAGUGCUGAAAGGGACGAUUGGCUGAGCACUCAGACUCCAACUCCAGAGGGUUCCGGGGCUGACAGCCAGCAGCAAAACCAGGUUCCAGUCUCGGUGUCUAUGAUGACACCUCCGGUGGAGACUCUUCAGCAGACACUGCAGCAGGUCCUCAACCCACAGCAGAUCCAGGCUCUGCUCCAGCAGCAGAAAGCACUCAUGUUACACCAGCAACACAUACAGGAUCUCUGCCAGAAACAGCAGGACCAGUUCAACGCCCAGCUUCUGCAGCAGAAGCAUGCUGAGAAGUCAGAGCAAGAGCAGCUAACAGCCCAGCACAUGGUCAUCCAGCAGCAGUUCUUGCAAGUCCAACAGCAGCACCUCCUCAGCCUCCAGAGACAGGGUCUCCUGUCUGUCCUGCCCUCCAUGAGCCCCUCUACAGCUCAGGGUUUAGUGAAAGGGUGUGAGUAUAGUACAAGCCUGCCCUCUGGUGGUGAGUAUCCAGCCACUUUUCAGAAGAACCUGCUCCACAGCCAGCAGUCCACCACUAAUGGGAAUCAUAAAUCACAGCCCCUAAAGAAGAAAGACAGUGGUCCUUUGGAUGAUCACUCACAAAACACUCACCCUCUCUAUGGACACGGCAUGUGCAAAUGGUCUGGCUGUGAGGCGGUCUUUGGAGACUUUCAGGCUUUUCUCGAACAUCUGAACGGUGAACAUACACUGGAUGACAAGAGUACAGCACAGUGUCGAGUGCAGAUGCAGGUUGUUCAGCAGCUAGAACUGCAGUUGAAAAAAGACAGAGAGCGUCUGCAAGCCAUGAUGUCUCACCUCAAAUCCUCUGAGCAAAUGUCAAAACCAGCAACACCAACAGUGGAUCUUAUGCCCAACGUUGCCUUCUCCCAGGUGACAUUUCCCAAGGUGCUUCCUCCCAUGAGCUUGUCUCAAAGUGCCACUGCUCCUUCCACACCCCUGACACCUCCCCCGACCUCCUCUAUCAUCACUCCCAACACCCUGCUCACUGUGAGCCCUGGGAGGAGACGGUACUCAGACAAGUACAGCAAGAACAUGAACCAAGAUAUUGUUCAGAAUAAAGAGUUCUACAUCAGUACGGAAGUUAGACCACCAUUUACAUACGCAGCCCUAAUAAGACAGGCAAUAUUUGAAUCAUCCUAUAAGCAGCUGACACUAAAUGAAAUCUACAAUUGGUUCACACAAACAUUUGCAUAUUUCAGACGCAAUGCAGCAACAUGGAAGAAUGCAGUGAGACACAACCUCAGCCUCCACAAGUGUUUUGUGCGAGUGGAGAAUGUAAAAGGAGCUGUGUGGACAGUUGAUGAGAUGGAGUUCCAGAGGAGAAGGCCCCAGAAGCCUGCUGGUGAAGGAUCUUUCAGAAGAGAGAACACUGGCCAUGGUCACAGCUCAGCUUCCCUUACUCCUAAACAGGAAGAGAUGAAUGCAACUCUCUGGUAUGGGAAUGGAUCCUACAGUGACAGCAGUGAAGAGCAGUACCCUAUGCACCCCCUCGUAAAAGAAGAGCUAAUGGACGAGGAGGCAUAUGAGAAUGUGCCCCAUGACUGUUCUGAGACUGAGAGCUCUGAUGAGCACAGCUCAGAUGUGGACCAAGACGAAGAUGGCGGUAGCCCAGAAAGACCCAACCUGCAGCUGGCUCAUGUGCCUUCGCAAUGAAAGAGAGAAUGCAUUCCAAACUGUCAAUCUCCACUGCACUCUCACAUUGGAAAACUAUGAAAUAUACCAAAUGACUUGGUAGAACUAUUUCAUAUCAAGUGACUAUUUAUUGAGGAUGUUUUAUGCUCUGUUGUACUGGCAUCAUUUGUACUGGGUAUUAUCCACCCAAGCUCACACUGAAGACAACAGAACCUAUUAUUGUAACACCGCUUGUCCUCAAAUAAUGUAUUCGUAUUGGCUUAUUGUGAGGCAGUACAACCAAUGAUGAAGCCCUAUGGGGAGCUGGUUCAGUGAUGCAGAGUUAUGUUCUUUCUUCAAUGUCUUUUGUUUCACUCUUUCAUGAAUGUGUAUAUUUAAUAACCAGAGCAUUGGCAAUAUUUAUGGACAGUACUUCAUGAAGAUGAAUGUUUGUUUUCUCCCACAAACGUGUUUAUUUUUUACCUAUGUGAGUACCAGACAACCUGCAGAUAGUAAUCCUGUGUUCCAUUUGUGACAUGACAUCAUUGAUAAUGGGUUACUUUUACACUGCCAAAAAUAUGAUUUACACCACCAUUCAAAAGUUUGGGGUCACUUAGAAAUGUCCUUGUUUUUGAAGGAAAAGCACUUUUUUUUUGUCCAUUUGAAAUAACAUCAAAUUGAUCAGAAAUACAGUGUAGACCUUGUUAAUGUUGUAAAUGACUAUUGUGGCUGGAAACAGCAGAUUCUUUAUGGAAAAUAUACAUAGGCAAACAGAGGCCCACUAUCAGAAACCAUCCCUCCUGUGUUCCAAUGGCAAGUUGUAUUAGCUAAUCCAAGUUUAUCAUUUUAAAAGGCUAAUUGAUCAUUAGAAACCCCUUUUUACAAUUAUGUUAGCACAGCUGAAAACUGUUGUUCUGGUAAAGAAGCAAUACAACUGGCCUUCUUUAGACUAGUUGAGUAUCUGGAGCAUCAGCAUUUGUGUGUUCUAUUACAGGCCCAAAAUGGCUAGAAACAAAACUUUCUUCUGAAACUCAUCGGUCUAUUCUUGUUCAGCAAUAUGAAGGCUAUUCCAUGCGAGAAAUUGCCAAGAAACUAAAGAUCUUGUACAACGCUGUGUACUACUCCCUUCACAUAACAGCACAAACUGUCUCUAACCAGAAUAGAAAGAGGAGUGGGAUGCCCCAAUGCACAACUGAGCAAGAGGACAAGUACAUUAGAGUGUCUAGUUUGAGAAACAGACACCUCACAAGUCCUCAACUGGCAGCUUCAUUAAAUGGUACCCUCAAAACACCAGUCUCAAUGUCAACAGUGAAGAGGCGACACCGGGAUGUUAGCCUUCUCGGCAGAGCUGCAAAGAAAAAGCCAUACCUCAGAUUGGUCAAUAAAAAGGAAAGCAUCCCAGAGUCGCCUCUUCACUGUUGAAUUUGAGACUGGUGUUAUUCGAGUACCAUUUAAUGAAGCUGCCAGUUGAGGACUUGUGAGGUGUCUGUUUCUCAAAAUAGACACUCUAAUGUACUUGUCCUCUUGAUAAAUGAUGCACUUGAAUUAGUUAACACAGCGUGCCAUUGGAACACAGGAGUGAUGGUUGCUGAUAAUGGACCUUCGUAGAUAUUCCAUUACAAAUCAGCCAUUUCCAGCUAUAAUAGUCAUUUACAACAUUGACAAUGUCUACACUGUAUUUAUGAUAAAUUUGAUGUUAUUGUAAUGGACAAAAAAUGUGCUUUUUCUUUUAAAAAACGGGACAUUUCUAAGUGGCCCCAAACUUUUGAACGGUAGUGUAUGUAUAACCUCUGUUGGGAUAUAAUUAUUUGUGUAGCCUCCUAAUCUCAUUUUUUUCCCACUGGCCCAAACAUUGCUUUUUGGUCUUAUUUACCAUUGUAUUGUACAUUGCCAGAUGUGUGCACUAAAAGCUGUCUGUAAUAAAUGCUGUAUCUAAAGUG